AGUCAGCACAACUUCACCCACCAUCUGUCUACGUUAAUCAAUUUCUCUAUUUCUUUUCUUCUGUCUUUUUUUGAUCGCGCUCCCUCUUUCUUCUAUCACUUGCUAACCUCUUUCAUCGGAGAGGAGGAAUUCAUAGGCUGUGUUGGGUUGUCCAACUCGGCUUCUUUACCACCUGCGCACGCUUCGCUCAUUGCUCUGAUAAACAAUUACAAUUACUUCACUCACAGAUCUCUUCUCUCUUUUUCCUGAAUGUUGAUCUGCACUUUCCCGAGAAAAUAAGCUUCAGUUUCCUUUUCCUCUCCGAUAAACAACAGAAAAAUGUCAGACGCGUUGAUCAAUGGGCUCGCCGGAGCUGGAGGCGGGAUCAUCGCCCAGCUGAUCACAUAUCCUCUUCAAACCGUGAAUACUCGACAACAAACAGAGCGUGAUCUGAAGAAAGAGAAGAGGAAGCUUGGAACUGUUGAUCAAAUGUGUCAGGUUGUAAAAGAAGAAGGAUGGGGACGAUUAUACGGAGGUUUGACGCCAUCGCUUGCAGGAACAGCUGCUUCUCAGGGUGUUUACUAUUAUUUCUAUCAAAUAUUCAGGAACAAGGCUGAAGUUGCUGCACUUGAACAGAUGAAGUUAGGAAUUGGUGAUGGAUCAGUUGGCAUGCUUUCUUCACUUGUGGUGGCUGCUUUAUCUGGGUGUGUGAAUGUGCUGUUGACGAAUCCUAUAUGGGUAAUUGUUACUCGCAUGCAGACUCAUACAAAAAUCUCAAAGUCCUUGCCUGAGACACGACCAAUUACUCCAGAUGAAGCAGUUCUUACUGCAGCAACCGAGCCUCCGCCAUUUGGGACUACCCAUGCAAUUCAAGAAGUUUAUGGUGAAGCUGGAGUUUGGGGAUUCUGGAGAGGUGUAUUUCCAACAUUAAUUAUGGUUAGCAAUCCUUCCAUACAAUUCAUGUUGUAUGAAACCAUGUUGAAGAAGCUUAGGAAAAGACGUGAUUUGAGUAAGCAACGUAACAAAGGAGUGACAGCUUUAGAGACAUUUCUUCUUGGUGCUCUGGCAAAACUAGGAGCUACUGUUGUCACAUAUCCUCUUUUAGUUGUCAAGGCUAGGCUUCAAGCUAAACAGAUUGCAACCGGUGACAAAAGGCAUCAUUACAAAGGCACAUUAGAUGCUAUUUUGAAGAUGAUCCGGUACGAAGGCUUCUACGGGUUUUACAAAGGGAUGAGCACAAAAAUUGUGCAAAGUGUACUUGCAGCUGCUGUUUUGUUCAUGGUUAAGGAAGAACUUGUAAAGGGAGCUCGGUUCUUGCUUACCAGUAAGACCACAAAAAAGUUGAAGUCAAAGGUUUCAUUGUAGUCUCACUUUCCUUACGUGCUGUCUUAGCAAGGCAUAUCUGUAGUCAAAUUUAUAUUUACAAAAUUUUCCCUCUUUCGACAAACUCUUGCUUUGGGAAAUGAUUAGGAUGUUAGAGGAUUGAAUGGAAGUAAUAAAAUCUGUAUACCAAAUGUUAUAUUUUAUCUUAAAAAUGUUCCUUAUUGAUUUGUA